CUCUGGAUAUGAUCACUUCUUGUUGAAUCAAAUUCCAGUGACGCCGAAGUUUGGAGACCACCUGUAAAGAACAUGGACAUACAUAGCAGCCAAAAAUGAACAGAUUUUAAACCGCUUGUAGUAAUUUCACACAGGACCAUAAACUGAUUUAUUCUAUUCGCGAAAACAAGUGCAGGUCGUUUUGCAGGAGGUCUAAAACAUCAAGCAGAUUAUGGUAAUGGCCGUGCUUGCGGACCAAAGCACAUCUAUGUCCAAGAAGAUGGCGGACCCGACGACCACUACUUCACAGGACCAGCAGAGCAAGCGGGCUGCAGCAGCCCGUCCUGCCGGUACAACCAGUGCUGGUCUAGCUGGAUCGAGAAAUAAUCUUCAAGGCCCCGGAGGAGGUCCUGCAGGAUCGUCCGCUGCUCAGCCUGUGCGCUUAAGAAGUCCGCGGAGAACGACCCAAACCUCGGCUUCGAAUGCGCCAAACAGCACCAGCGGCAACAGUAAACAGGCAGUCACAUCAACGUCAUCCCAAAAUCAACCCAUGCAGCAAACCACCCACCUCCCCCAGGACGAGAGGAGGAAGAAGGUGAUUGAGAACCUGACCACGAAAGGGCUACUGAAGCCCAUCGCGGUGGAAGUGGAGCGCGGGCUGUGCGACAAAGCGGUUUUUACGGAGAAAAAUAAGCCAGUAGUCCCCUCUGCCCCGAACUCGUCCAAAAUGCUGACCAAACAGGAGUACAGUGAGUACCAGAUCGAGUACCGGAGAUUAGUGCAGUUCUUCCGCAGCAACAAGACAUUAGUGGAGAAAACCAACCAAAGCUGCUUCAACAAAACGACUAACAAAAUCAACGUCCAGAGCUGCUAUAAUCUCUGUUUCCUCUCACAAGCAGAGUUAGAAUCCGAGGAAAUGACCGCGAAACGAACAAAUCUGGAGGAGAAAGUCCUACAAGAAGCGAUGGCGAUUGACCCGCGGGACGAUCCGAGAUGGACCAAAGUUGCGAAAAACAGUUAUUACCACUGCUAUGAGAAUGCACAAUUGCAAUUUCCUUCCCCCUCAUGCGUGUUGCAUGAACAGCAAUACAAACACCAGCACACGUUGAGCCUAUGCAUGACAAAUUUAAGUGCCAACUGUAGAACUGUUUGGGCUUUCGAAAUUUGUCAUGCAAACAGUGCCACAGGAAAGCGACUGGAUUUGGCAUUUCGCAUGACAAAUGAGGGGGAGGAGAGGUUGCGCACUCUCAUAACUGCCCGAAAUGCAACAACAGCGAGGAGAUUCUGAUGCUCGCGACCGUUGGCACGCACCGGAAAGAGGAUCAGAGCGACGAACCCGUGAUCACUCUGCGCUGCCUGAAAUGCGACCAUUUGUGGAAAGAAACUGAUGGGGAAACGUUUGCGGGGUAGGAGAGGGGAGUUUGGAGUUUGAUGGAAAUUGUGUGAGUACGCUGGCAGUAUGAUGUGCUGGUGCUCGUCUAACUUUCAAGAUUGCAUGUUUCCUCGUCAUGAUGUUGGAAUUUUUCAAGUAAAAGCUUUAUGGAUUUGCGGCAGCCUGAGGUCGUGGUCCUUUCACAAACUACUUAGUUGUGUGUUUUUUUAAAACUUCUACGGCAAAAUUCUACGGCAUCCUUGUAGCCAGAGGGAAUAAAAACGAAGCUUGAAAACAACCAUGGAACUUUGUUUUCUUUUUUUCAAAAGCGCGACAAUUUCGAUUUGCAAUGUAUGUUUGUACGAAUAAAAAAGACACUACGUUACUCAUCUGAAUAAAAGAGAUAGUUGGUUGUAGUACAAGCAGCAGCAGUUAAGUAGCAACGCUUCGGGCCACGAAGUGUUUGUCCUCUGUGCCUUUUAUUUCUGCUCGAAAAAUACCCUCGUUCUGUUCUCUUCCGUUUUGCAAUUCCAC